GUUUAAUCAGUCCAAUAACAUUGUGAAGCAACGACUGGACAUCAAGCGUUCGUGUACUAAAAGGUAUCAUGAAUAGACAGGCCAAACACGAAAGUAAUGCUGAUGACAAAAACCCAGUUGGCAUCAAGAAAACUACGUACUGGGAAAUUUACGGAGUAAAACGUUUUCCGUACCCUGGAAAGCGUAAGUUUGCACCUUUACUUAACCAAUCUUUAGGUGGAGGAAUGGUGAUCUCAAAUGACGUGUUUGGACUAACAAUCAGUCAAUUUGAACGAAUGUAUAAAUCCUGUUUGGAAACUAGGAAAACAAAAGAACAGUGGAUACUGAACCUUAGAUAUCCAGACAAAUCUUCAGGAGAAUAUCUGGAAUACUUAGAGAAUUGUACAGACUGUAGUAACGAUCACUUGCGCUGGAUUGAUCCGAAGGAGAAAUAUAUGUACGAACUCCUAGUACAAACAGUUGGUAGUGAAAUAGAUAUACGAACGAGACAACGACUAUUUAUCAUACAGGAUAUGAUCUACAAUGUUUGUACGCCUCCUAUUACACAAAUAUCUAGUGGAAGUUUAUCAGAAGGAUUUGAUUUACCAGGCAGUGACAUAGAUAUAAUGUACGUAUGUCAUCAUUUAGACGUUGUGCAGAAUGUAAGCAACAUUAAACAUCCAAAUUAUUGUGAUACAUUCGUUAUGGAGACAGCUAUUAAUCAUCCUGGAUUCACUAGACUCAGAUUGGUAGCAAAAGCGGAUGAGAAAUCUGUUUGUAAUUUACGAUGUUUCAAUUGUCCACCAGGUACAUGCACCGGAAAUAACUAUUAUCUACAUGUGAACGCUUUUUUAAAUUCUUUAAAGGCUUUAUUUAAUUCACAGGUAUUUGUACACGGUCCAUGCAUGUCAAAUGAAGAUCAAACGAUGGACAUCGCAUACUGCAUACGGAGUAAAUAUCUACCUCAAAACGCAAUUCCAUGGGCAUCUCGUCAUCGAUCCCAAUGGCCACCUAGUUUUUUAAUUGACAGGAUCAUAAAUUAUGGAUGCUUAUUAGUACCUAUAGGACCUAACACUGUUUCAGGUGAUAGUUUAUGGAGAGUGUCGUUCUCUAUGGCAGAAAAACUUCUAGUGCAUUCGUUUAAUUUUACUCAACUCUUAUGUUACGGUUUACUUAAAUUAGCAUUAAAGCGUAUAGUUAACACGAAUACUGAUAUCAAAGAGUUGCUGUGUUCCUACUUCCUGAAGACGGCUUUAUUCUGGGUCUCAGAGGAGUUGGAUAUCGAAAUAUUUAAAUUAUCUAAAUUGUACUAUUGUUUUUCUCUCUGUCUUGAUAAAUUAAUAUCAUGGGUAAACAAAUGUUACUGUCCGAACUAUUUCAUACCUGAACACAAUAUGUUCAUAGGAAAGAUUAAUCAGAGUAACAAUAAGAUACUACUUUGUGUACUUGAGAGUAUUCAGUUUGGAGGGAUUGCUGGGUUGACAACUAGUGUAGUUCCGCCUGACAAGGAAAGUCACUGUGUAUUAAGUACAAAUAGAGAAUCUCCGUCCAUCACAUUAGACUUCCUAUUUUACAGGGUUAAUACAUUUUAUUGGGAAUUUCCAAUUGACCUUUCAAGUUGUUAUAAAAGACUUGUAUCUACUAAAUCUCUACUAAAUUUUACAUCAUCUUUAUUUUUGAGUGAUGCAUGUAAAUAUCAUUAUGCAAACAUCAAUCAAAUGGCAGCACAACUUCUACCAUCGCCAAACACAUUAAAUAACAAAAACAACAAACACAAACGUUAUCAUAAACAUUUGCAGGAUGGAAUCAAGACAGAUGCUGUUUCGGGUUGGUUGUUAUACGCGUCGUUUUAUUAUGUAACGGGACAGUUCAAUAUAACUCUAAGACUUACAGAUUUUGUUCUCUCCAGAUGUUCACCUAUUAUGGUGUUUCAUUGCGAUCUACCUUCUUGUGGACAUAGAAACAUGUACAAACAAAAUAUUCAUUCUUCAAUGACUUUAAAUGACAGGAUGAGAAUGGCUAUUAUAAGAAAUGUUAGGUUCUGUAAGGACUCAUCAUUAAUACCAGGAGAACUAAGACUAGAGGUUGAAAGAACAAUGAUAAAAAUACCGCCUGUUGUAAUGUUACACUGCCUUAGAUUUUUAUGCUAUCAUCAUCUUGGUGAUAUCAUCAACAGAGAAAAGUCUUUACGUGAUUUAUAUACCACAGUAAAAUAUAAAUAUUUAAUUCAAUCAGCACAUUUAUCUGAUUCAAUAAUAAUAGUUGGAGUAUGCUAUGAGAUAUCGGGUGAUAAAGACACAGCCUAUCAGUGCUACGAGGAAGCUUUGAAAGAAAACGAUGACAAAUCUAGUACCGCACAAAUAAGAAAAUCAAAAUUAGAAGGCAGCUAUUGUGGACUUUGACAGUUAUGAUAUCAUACCAGAGUUGAUCUAAUCGUGAAGGUAAUUUUUUGCCUGAAUAUUAAGACGCUAAUGUUGAUGAUACUGACAAUAUGCAUUACAUUUUGUAUGUA